CCCCAUCUAAAUCACUAAUAACUAUCUGGGACUGUAUAUCAAUUAUUACUCGCGUGAACCUUCAGGUUUUAAUUGGAUAUUUCUUCAAAAAGGUGUUUUUUUAAAAAAAAGUUAGUUUGAAAAGGAAAGACGAUCACGAGCCUUGCGAGAGACACACCCUAUUGGAUUUUUUUUCCCUGGAUUAAGCAGGUCUGCGACAAGCUUGAAAGUAAAUUUUGCUCCAGUAAAAGGGGUGUGUGUGUUUAGAUCAGGGACCGGAAGCUUUGUGGCUACAGGAAGAAGUUGAGGGUGGUGUCUACUCACCGCGAAAUGGUCAAGUUUUAUUCCUUAUCGAGUCAGAGCUAUGCGGAGAGAGCGAGGGUCCUGAGAUACCGCAGCCGGCCCCUGUCUUUUUGAACGAUAAUGAUCGCCGUUAUUUAGAGUGAGCCGUCUCGGCCGGUUUCCCUGGUGACUGCCCGCCCGCUCGCUCCUGGCUGCGCCAUCCUCUCCCCUCCGCGUGUCCCUGGACUGGAGCAUGGCUUCGGUCCGUGCCGCCGCCGCCGCCGCCUCCUUCGUGCUGCUCUUGGCUGUCGUUUCUAAAUGUAGCACAAGAGACAUUGAAACCAUCUAUGGAUUCUUGAACGAUUUUGUAUCUGUCCCUUUGUCAAAACCCACUGAUGUAUCUGAAAUUGUGUUCAAGCUCAAUAACCGCAAAGUAUUUGAAUGGGAAGACGGCGGUACAACUUAUUUUGGCGCAUUUUCGCAGAACAUUAAUUUUACAGGCAAGAGUGUUUUGAUACAGAGAUUACAGAAGAAUGAUACUGGAAGUUACACACUAGAUUUCAUAUUUUCUAAUGGAACAAUUACAAAAAAAGAAUUCUUCCUAAAAGUGCUUGAACCGCUUGCAAUUCCAGAAACUAGCUGCAUUGGAAAUGACUCUGUUGUUACUCUCACUUGUGGUAUAAAUAACGAUGAUGCUGAUAUCACCAUUGAAUGGAAUUAUCUUGAUAGUCCUGUGAUCCCCAGUGACGACUUUGUCUUAACUGAUAAAAACAGGUCUUUGAUGAUAAACAACCCUCGCUCUUUUCCUGAAGAAUAUACCUGUAUUGCAAAACAACCAAAAAACAGCAGCCAGAGUGUUCCUGUUCUUCUGCUGAAAUGCUUUGAAACAGGAAAUGGUCGUAACUAUGCUUAUCUGAUAUUGCCUGUAAUUCUUUGUCUUGUGGUCGUUGUCUUGGGCUGGCUGGUCAUCAUAAAGAAGGUUAACAGUGAGACACAAGACACAGCCUCGCAUCAGACAACGUAUAAUCCAGUGCCACCAGAAAAUCCAGAAGAGUUGAGAGAUGAAAAUCCCCCCACACAAAGUGAACCUAAGAAUACUGAUGAAGGAGCUGACAAUUCUGUGGAUCCUAAUGGUGCAGUGUGUGUAACUUCAGCUGAUACUGAAUAAGAUGGAGAAUGAAAAACCACCUACCAGGAUGGACUGUCACUGUCAGUAAUGCUGGAAUACUUUGUUACCAACUUUCGGUAAAAGACGAUUGUGAUGAGAUUAACAACUAAUUUGCAUCUACCCUCCCUACCUGGUAACAAAGAAAUGGACCGACUGUGCUGCUGUUGCCAAGAUGAUAAUCAAGCCAUUUCUGUGACAUUCACAAUUAGUGGGCGUCUAUUUUUUGGGCCAAAAGAACUGGAACACUUCUUUCCUUUGUCGGAUGUACUUAUCUCUGGCAAGGUCAACGUUUUACUUGGUCAACUGUAAUUGCUGUUGAGCUUGUUUGGUUGUUGAAGGCAGCUAGGAGUCUCCUAUGUUGGUGUGGUUUUGAGGUCAGGCAGAUUGGUGAACAAGAUGGGUUUUUGUAACAAUUGAUUUAUAGUUUUAUGGCCACCAUAACUGAGAUUAGAUUUCAAUUCUAUAUUUAAGUGUAGAAUUUUGAACCCAUCUCCUGAGCAUGAGCCUGGGUCUCUAGGUUAUUAUUCCAGCGUCAUUGCUACCAUGCCACCAUCUUCCCUCAAAAGAAUUAAUGAACUAGAACUGCAUAGAAUAAAUGAACUACCCAAAGUACCACUUAAAUCAUACAUACCGGAAAGUCUCAACUUCAGUUUCCUGUUUAUGCUGAAUAGAUUUGUUGCAGCAGUGAUCAUGCUAAAGUUAUUUUAAUCGGCCUGAGGAAGGAACAGAAGAUUAGAUCUGUGGAUCAGAAGACACAACAGAGAUGUUGACACUCAAAGCAACACUAACACAAGGUAGCACUUCCAGGUGGUGAUGGAUGCGAAUUUAGGAGAUGAGGAGAAACAAACAAGCAGACAUUCAGGUCAUCUUCACCUUGACAUUUGUGAAGAAAAACUUCAACAGUGUUUAAUCUCUAUAUUUAUCUUACACAAAAAGAAAAAGGCACGGAGUUUUUUUAAACUAGCAGUAAAAUCAUGGCCACCAGUAUCAUGAUAAUGUAUUGUAACCCUCAAUUAUCAACAGACAUAUUGAACAUUUAAGAGGAAAAUGUGUUUUUUUUUAAUUAAAGUAAGACAGCCUUCCAUUUUUGGCUUGUAUAUGUAAAAUCAGUGGCAGGCUGGAAUCUUUUGUGGGUAUGGAAUGUUGCACCUGAAAAGUGUCACGAGAACUUCAAAGGGAGAUGCUGUUCAAAAACUCUGAUCUCCUAUAGGUUAUGACCCAGACUGCAGACAAAAUCAUACAGCAUGGGAACAGGCCCUAGUUUGGCCCAUAUGAGGUGAAGAAAGGUAAUUCUGGUUGAAAGACACUCUGCAUUUUACCCUUCUGGGAAUACAUAAGAAAGGUUGUUAUAAACAUGUUGUCAGCAAAACUACUCGAAGGAAAGUGGACAUAUUAUUUCAACUAACUAUAGAGCCAAGAAUCUCUAAUCAACUGCCACAGUCGGCACAAUUGGAAUCCCCUACCUUAAUAGUUGCGGCAUUUCACAGUCUCUUAUGGACAGGCAAAGACUGAUUGAUAAUCUCUUUGACUUUUGGAACUCCCCUCUGAUUUCUAAUCUGCGUAUAUGUCGCAUUUUAUUACCCUUUCUCAUGUCUUAGUAGCUAAUCAACUAACUCUUUCUUUAACUCCAGAACACCCUGUUAAUGUAGCUCCUUUUGAAAACAUAGAUAUGUUUUGGCUGGAAAAAGUUGCCCACCAGAGGGAGGGAUCCUUUCUAAAUUAACUGUGUUGUGCCCAACCGAGGGACAAGUUAAAUAAAGAAGGAAGCCAGAACAUCCAUUUCCUCCCCCCUCAUGUUUAAUCAUAAGAGUGAGAGAGGAAUUCUAUUAGCAAUGCCUUCACUUUAGGAUAAUGGGAGGAUGGUCAAACAAAAUCUAAUGUCCUUCGAACUAACUCCACAAGCAUUCAGGCAAAACUCCUGUAGAAACAAUAAAACCAGUGCUGGUGGAACUCUACAGGUCUGGCAGCAUUUGUAGAGAAGGAAAUAUGGGGCAGAGAAGGAAAGAAAAGGAAGCAACUCCUGCAAUCCAGAUCCCACUGUCUUAGGGACUUGCUACCCAGAUGCUCCAAAAUCCGUGGCUGGUGAUUCAGCCUGUGUAUUCAUGACUCAUAGUGGUAACGUGAUCCUGAGAAAACAUCAUCCUUGGGUGAUUAAACAUUCUGGCUUGUCUGAAACUGGCUGGAUUUUUUCACUAAGUGUUCCAGCAAUUUUGUCAAAUACAGAAAUGUUCAGACUUUAGUUCUGCACUGAGGCCCAUCCCCAUCCUCUUUAAUGCUGGCCUAGCCAAUGAUGCCCACAUCCCACGAAUGAAUAACAAAAAUGCUCCCUGUUGGUCUCCCAUGUUUUACUUCCAUAAACUGGAGGUCAUCCAAACCUCUCUUUGGCAGGUUCAGUUUCCAAAUCACCCCUGUGUUUGCUGAAUACCAUUGCUUCCGAAUUCAGUAAAUUCAGCAGCAACUUGGAUUUUAAAUUCUUGUCUGUGUUUUUUAAAUCCCUCUGUAAUCGCUGCCAGCUCUACAGUCCUCCAAAAUCUCCGUGCUCUUCAAUGGUGGCUUCCUGGUUUGGGAGCAUGGUUGGCAUGGACUAGUUGGACCGAAGGGUCUGUUUCCAUGCUCUGUGACUCUAUUACAAGGUCCACCUAGUCAUGGAAAAGGAAGGAUACUAUUUUAAGUCUCGAUCCUUUAAACUGAUCUGAAAAAGCAUCUGUAACUUAAAUGUUAGACUGCAUUUCCAGCACUUGGGUUCAAUACAGUGAUUUUUUUUUUUUAUAAUUUGUAAAUAUUUUUGUCAAACUUGUCUGUUUUCAAACAUAGAUUACAAAUUUUGAAAUUUCUACAAAUCAAACAGUAGAAAAGCCCUGCAUUUUUUCAGUAUAGUUAGCAUAAAAUUGAUCAGGAAGUUUCGAACUUUUGAUUCAACUAUGGGAAAAUCAGACACCAGGCAAGUGAUUUAAUGCAGUAGGCAAUUUUAUUUUUAAAUUUUGGAUCAAAGACAGUUGAAUUCAAAUGAUGGAAAGAAUUGGUGAGUGUAAUUUUACAUCUACCCAUUUUUACUUCCUGAGCUGGAAAUAUCACAUCUUUCAUUGUCACUUGGGCAAUAUCCUGGAAUUCCCUCCCUGAGGGCAUUGUGGGUCUACCUACAGCAUAUGAACUACACAGUUUGAGAAGGUAGCUCAUCACAAUCUCCUCAAGUACAGUUAGCGAUGGGCAAUAAAAACUGACCAGCAGUGAUGCCAGUGUCCCAUGACCAAACAAAAAAAAAGUUAAGACAACCUAGUCAAAACAGCAUUUUUUAAAAAAUUGUCAUACAAGUUAUGUUGUGAGCAGGUUUUUAAACAUUUCCCCUAAUACCUGUGUCAGUGGUCGUGUUACAACGUGCAGAUAACAAGAGGGCCGUGGGCAGCAUGGUGGCACAGUGGUUAGCACUGCUGCCUCACAGCGCCAGGGACCUGGAUUCAAUUACACCCUCAGGUGACUGACUGUGUGGAGUUUGCACGUUCUCCCCGUGUCUGCGUGGGUUUCCUCCGGAUGCUCCGGUUUCCUCCCACUGUCCAAAGAUGUGCAGGCUAGGUGGAUUGGCCAUGCUAAAUUGCCCAUAGUGUUCAGGGAUGUGUAGAUUAGGUGGGUUUAUGGGGGAUGGGUCUGGGUGGGAUGCUAUAAGGUUUGGUGUGGACUUGUUGGGCCGAAGGGCCUGUUUCGACACUAGGGAUUCUAUGAAGAGAGUAAAGUAGCUUUUGCUAAAAUUAUGCACAGAGGACCAUUGCAGAAUUUCUUUUUGAAAUACAGUAUUAACUUGCAGUUUGUUUUAAAUCCUAUUAUACUGCCUGUCAUUAAAAACAAAUUUAAUGGGAAUGUAAGUGUCACUGGGUAGGUAAGCAUUUAUGGUGUAUCCUUAUUGCGUAGACAGCAGUUAAGGCUGAACUACAUUGCUGUAGAGCUGGAGUCACAUGUAUGCUAGACCAAGAAAUGAUGGUAGAUUUCCUUCCCUGAAGUAAGCCAGAUGAGUUUUUACAACCAUCAGCAGUGGUUACACAGAUGAUGUGGGGUUAAGUUUUUAUUCCAGACUUUUGUUGAAUUCAAAUUAUACCACCUGCUGUGGUGGGAUUUGAACUCAUGUCUCCAAAAUGGUAAUGUUGGGUUCUGGAUUUUUAGUCCAGUGACAUUGCAGCAACACUACUUCCCACCCCCUGUUGUGUUUUCUACUUUGCUCUUAUGAAAAACAAACACCUGAACCAAUGCCACAACACACAGACAAGUUUGUAGCAGUUGUCUAGUUUGCAGAGGAGUUUGGAAUCCUUUCAGAUGCUGGUUGCUGGCCUCUUCUAUUGAGAAAAAGCCACGUGGCAGUGCAGAAGCUGGACACAAAGGGAGAAUACUUCAUGUGCCACUCUUGAGUAACUGGGUUUUAACUCCAUCAAAAACUGCCUUUUGGUAUCUGAAAAACUAUUCAUAGUAUGCCAAAAACAGAACACAAAUUUUUUGGAAAACCUAGUUUUAUAAGAAUGAAACUACAAGCAUAGUGCCAACAGUUUUCUAGCCAAAAAUGACUGCAUUGACUAAGUAGUUGAAGCCUAUAUUUGCCAACAUAGAACAGUACAGGCCCUUUAGCCCAUGAUAUUGUGCCAACCUAUUAUCCUACUAAGAUCAAACUACCCUGCAUACCCUACAUUUUGCUAUCUUCCAUGUGCCUAUCUGAGAGUUGCUUAAAAAUCUCUAAAGUAUCUGACUCCACUACCACUGCCGGCAGUGCAUUCCACACGCCUACUACUUUCUGUGUGGAAAAAAAACCUACCUUCCUCCAAUCACCUUAAAAUUAUGCCCCCUCGUGAUAGUCAUUUCCGCCUUGGGGAAAAUGUCUCUGGCUAUCCACUCUAUCUAUGCCUCUCAUCAUCAUCUUAUACACCUCUAUCAAGUCACCUCAUUCUUCGCUCCAAUGAAAAAAGCCCUUGCCCUCUCAACCUUUCCUCAUAAGACCUGCCCUCCAGUCCAGGCAGCAUCCUAGUAACUCUCCUCUGCACCCUCUCUAAAGCUGCCACAUCUUUCCUAUAAUGAGGUGACCAGAACUGAAUACAAUAUUCCAAGUGUAGUCUAACCAGAGUUUUAUAGAACUGCAGGAUUACCUCACGGCUCUUAAACUCUCUUCCCCUGCCAAUGAAAGCCAACACACCAUUCACCUUCUUUACAGCCCCAUCAACUUGGGUAGCAACUUUGAGGGAUCUGUGAAUAUGGACCCCAAGAUUCCUCUGUUCCUCCACACUGCCAAGAAUCCUGCCAUUAACCCUGUGUUCUGCAUUCAAAAUUCGACCUUCCAAAAUGAAUCUAUACUACUUAAGCACUACUUAUGUUUCCUGUUUUAUUUAUAAUUUUUUAAGUGUUUGCUUUCUGGAAAAAUAAAGCAAUAGAAAUGCA